AUGAAAUUAUAAAUAUUUAUUGGGAAACUGUUUACAUGUCUAAUUUUGAUUUGGGAAGGAAUGCAAAUGAUAGAUUUACCUAUAAAAGUGUUAUCCAAUUUUAUAAAUCAUCAUUAAUUAAUUUGGAGAUUAGGUGAAUAAUUUUUUAUUGAGAAUUUUUCUGAAGAUGUAUGAUAUAGUAUUUAAUAUAUAAUAUAGAAUAAUCCUUUUUCUGGAGAAUAAAAUUAUAAAUUCUUUGUAAUCACAUUUAUUUAAGGGUUGGGUUUUUUGUAAAUUAUGUUGGCUACAUUUAUAUUUUUUGGAAAAACUUGGGCUAGUAUUAUUUAAAUAGGAAUUAUUUUAAUGAAAUCAUAUUAAGGAAUUGAAGAAUAUUGUUUUUUAGAAUUAAUAUUCACAAUGGGAAGAAUAGGAAGUUUAAUGAUAUGA